AUGCCCCCCGUCACCGGACACUGUCUCGUCCCCAUUCAUGGACAUAUACUCACACAGGAUGGUGGUCAUGACGGUGAAUAUGGUGUUGUCCAGCUUCUUGCACUUCGCUCCAUAGCUGCACAGGUUAUUGUAUAUCUUCUUGGAGGUGUCCCCGAUAACGGUUGUGCAGAUAUGCAAGACCAAGAUCCAAGCCGCGAGGUUAUUGUCGAUCUUGUCCCCUUGUUGGCUAAGUUCUUGUCCUUGGUGGAGCUUAGGCCCAGGUUGGUAAUAUGGUUGAUGUCCAAGGGCAAUCGUGUGGGAAUGGUUUUCGGGGUCGAGUCCCUUGUUCACCUUGCUGUUCAUCUUAGCGCGCUCAAGAACCGGGCCAUCAAACUGCUACAUGGUCAAACUGCCCUCAAUUCGCAACAGAAGGGCGAUGAGCAUGGUCUCCUUUACAUAGAUGCCGGUGGCCCCCUUAUUGAACGCGGGCGGGCCAUAUACUGCAUCCUGUCAAUGGAUGUGUCUGGGUCGAUGUCCGGCAAGGCAAUCAUGAACUUUCCCUCAAUGUUGACCGCAUACAACCACAUGAUAAAGCUCGUAACCUGGACAGAGGGGGCGACUCUAUUGCAGAGCACCGGCUUACAUGACAGUGCGGUAGCAAACGAGAUGACGAUACCGUUCUCAUAUGGGUUAAUGCCCCAAAGCAUGGACCGGAUUGAGGUCGAUACCGCCAUGAUCAGCCCCUUGGCCACAUCUCAGUGCAGGUACCUCUGCGAGACCUUGCUCAGACCUCACAACAUCUGCAACAUCGCGCUUAUGACGUUGUUUCUUAUCCCAUCCAGGGCCGUGUUCGGCUUCUCAUUAUCGACUCUCCUUUUGAUCCUCCUCAUCUUCGACUUUCUGCUCAUUUUGAUCACACUUGUGUACAUCAUCCUAUCCUCUAUACGUUCUUUGGGCCCAUCCUCAGACACCUACGCCACCAAGCUCACCCUCACGACGCAGAGGAGGUUCCUCAAGUUCAAAUCAGCGCCAAUCGACACCAUUGCGAAGGGCCUGAUUGAGAAUAUCCUCCGAGAUCUCGAACCCGCUCGAGGAAGCCUGCGGCGGGCUGCGGUAGGACACUCUCUUGAGGUGGAUUACAUCACGGAGCUGGUAGCUGAAGUGGUGCGUGUUCCCACUAGUGGUUACUCUUCUUUCCUGGAUCGUGGCCUCGUUCAAGAUCCAGAUCGCAAGUGUCGUGACACAAUACGACUUGGAACCUAUGAUCCUCUCUACGGUUUUGUGCAGGCGGUUGGACUUUUUCGGUGCCCCGUUCUUGUCUCAGUAGAAGAGCGUGCCCAGGUUUCCUAUGAAGCCCAGGACGCGCUAAGCCAGUCGUACCAGGCUGUGACUAAGAUCUCCUUGAAGGCUGUCGGCAUGAUCUCGAAGAUGCGUCCGAAUGACCUCAGAGAUACUAAUGCGCCAAUGUCGUCCCCGAUGCGCCUCUCUCCCGCUGACUUUGGUCCUCAUGGGCAAGAUAUAAUUCUAUGGGGCCCGUCUGAUUCCAACUCGACUUGUCCACUUGCUCACGAUAAGCACUGGACUUACCGAUGUUCUGGUCUGGCUUGGGUUUGCUGGGCCCGAGCUUGGACUUGUCAGUGCUGA